CAAGCAAGUUUCGAGGAAGCUAUUUAAGCUCAAAUCAGUUCUGAUUAAACCAUUAGUUUUGAUUGUCAUCAGUAAUCAUUUGAAUAACUGAUUUACUUUGUUAAUUAAAGUUGGUAAAAAUUUUUCUCCGUUUUUAAAUCAAAUCUUAAUUUUCACUAUGGCAAAAGUUUUCAAUCCAACCUUUAUCCUCGCAGUGAUUGUUUUGCUUGCAACGAUGAACUUUGGUUACUUUGUAUCAGCUGUUCUAGAAGACACUUGGACCGCCAUAAGUUCAGAUGGAUCGACUACCUGCAAAUACACCUACAUUUAUGAUAACGAUGGCUAUUUAGUUGGUCCUGAGGAAAUAAUUAGCGAACCCUUUGAUUGUGGUGUUGGAAGUGCUAAUUGUACCUUUACUUUGAAAUUCAUUAAAAGUUCUACAACUCAAUACGAAGGAGCCGAUAAAUUGGAUGCAAGAAGUUUCGAAAGUUUAAAGAGACGUAUUCGUCAAUUGGCUAUUAAAUCUGGUUUAAAUUCCGAGGAAUCGCUUAUUGAAGAGGGGGCAAAGUUGUGCACCAUUCAACCAGGACAUCGGGUGAAAAUAGUAUCAAGACCUCGCUAUCAUAAGUUAACCGGUACUCUCGAAGAGCGAUGUGUUAGGUAUUAA